CCGGUCCCACCCGCCAGCCGCACUACGGCACAAGCUUCGUCUUCUUCUUCAUUUCCGUCCCCUGCGCUCGUGGGAUCUGCGGCGGCGGCGGCGUUCCACGCCCCAUUUUCAGUUUCAUCUGCUGUGCAAGUUCAUACCCACUAGAUGGGGAAGGCAAAGCGUGCAUCUAUAUUUAUCAGGCUCGUCUCAGCAGCCGGAACUGGAUUUUUCUACGUGAAGCGCAAGAAUCCUCGGCGGAUCACAGAGAAGCUUGAGUUCAGGAAGUAUGAUCCGCGUGUAAACAAGCAUGUUCUAUUUACGGAAGCCAAGAUGAAGUGAGACGCUGCAGCCUUUCUUUCUUACCAUAAGACCUCUACCGUUCAUUUUGGUCGAAGACGAUGAUGCUACCUUUAUUUUAGCGGGCUCUAGAUAAUUUAGUUUCAUGUAAACAACUCUAAUGAGCACGUUUUGAUCUCGUCAGCACCGCAUCAGCAUGGAUUUUCACUUGCUCUGCCUUGCCUGUUUAUUUGUAUUGUAACUGAAAUGAGCUGCAAGCCUGCAAAUGUACUGUCCCAUUUUGGUGUUGUGAUUUUUGUCAGUGA